UUCCACUUGUGCCUGCACGGCCCCACAACAAGAACAGAGUUACCGUUUUUUUUGCUCUACACCUACAUCUCCUCACCUCGCGAAGAAGCGCAUCUCCCGAGAGACCAGCCGAUGAUCUCGGCAAAACCGUCAGAGGAGGGGGAGAGACUUUUUGAACACCCAAAUUGGCUGGAACCCUCCCUCCGUCCGCUUUUGUGCGACCAAGGCCUCGGCAGACAGCGGCUCCCCUCCAGAUGCAGGGAAACACAAGGGGCUUGGGGCCACCCUCCCAGCUGCUUCUGCUUGUGCUUCUGUGUCUGCGACAAGGAGAGGCAGCAAAGAUCCCGGCAGGCUGCUGCUUCCGUGGAGGGCAAGGCGUUCCUCGCCGCCAACAAGGACAAGGAGGGCGUCGUUGAGACCGCCUCUGGCCUGCAGUACAAGAUCCUCAAGUCAGGGAAGGCGGGGGGGAAGACUCCCCUGGUCGGGACCAAGUGCUUGUGCCACUACAGAGGGGAACACCCGAAGUGCCCGACAAACAGCUAA